UACAAUAAUGUUUUAAGCCAUUGUGUACCUAAGGAAUGACAGAGGCUAUGCUGGGAUUUUCCCUUAUUUCCGCCACACGGCUAGAACCAGCUCGAAAAGACAGAAAUCGAGAGUAUAAAUGCAAGAAUUGCAUCCACCUGAGAUUGAAGAGAGGGGAAAAGAUGCUUCAAAAUGUGCAGUCACUGAACUCCGCAAAAAGCUGGAAACAUGGCUGAAUCGUCCCAUGAAAAUUAAAAUUAGCGAUGGGCGAACGCUGGUUGGUAUCUUUUUGUGUACUGACAAAGAUCGCAAUGUGAUUCUAGGAACUUGUGAAGAAUAUGUUGGGCCUUAUGAUUCAAACAAUAAAGAAGAACCACGAACAUUAGGCCUUGCAAUGAUUCCAGGACGCCACAUCGUUUCAAUAGAGAUAGAUGACCAGAAACAAAGUACAUUUGACGUGGGAAGCACAGCAUAGGGAUGGCAGAUUCAUAACAUUUACAGUACUUAGGAUUAGAGGAAUUGGGAGGUAACAGGCAGCAUUUGAUAGAGCUUGUCUAUCCUGGACUGGAAGCAGGUUCAGAUCCAGGAGCUUUCACCGUUUCAGAAUGCAUUACAGUAAUUAAUUAGUUGAUUGAUUGAUUAAUUGAUUGAUUGAUUAAUUGAUUGAUUGACACAAUACAAUAUAAUAAAAUACAAUAAAGUUAUUUCUGGCAAUAAAAAAAAUACAAUUAUAUAAUUCAUGUCUUCUGAAUAAGUAGCAAGGAAUGGAGGAAACUGAAGUAAAAAAACUUAUAUGGUGUUUCCCCCCAGAACAUUUAAAUAAUGCUUAUUGCAUUUUCUUUAAAACAAAAGGCUAAAAAAAGUAAAAGUAAAAAAGUAAACACAUAUACCAAAAAGGAAUUGAUUUUAGUUUGGUAAUGAAAUUAAGAGAAAUCUUUUCUUUAUAGUUUCAUUUGAAUUGAGAAAGGCAUUUACAUAUUUUUAGAUUAUCGUCAAGCAAAUUCUAAAGUUUAACUUCAACUGUUGAGAUGAUUGAUUAAUUGAUUGAUUAAUUGGUGGAUGAUGAUUGAUUAAUUGUGUCACAAGCUCUGUUUGUGUUUUUCAACCAAUGAAAUGACUGAGUACAACUUGUUGCAAUUCACACCAGAUUAUCUAUUUAAUCGUUGAAUCUUCCGACUUUAACAAUGAAAAGUAAAUGUAUAAUAUAAAAUUAACACAGAAUCAUCAUUAUACAAAUAUCGAACGGAAAUGUUCCCGUUUAUAACCAAAAUGUUCUCACGACACGUUACGUCUGCUCGGUUCUACCGUAGCAACAAAUCAACUUGGGCGGCUCAAUUCCCCCAGCUUUCCUACAAUAGUUUCUUGUAGCACAGUAUCCAUAAAACUCAGGCGUCUCAAUUCCACCACAGUUUUCUUGGCAGUAUUAUCCAUAAAACUCAAGCGUCUCAAUUCCACCAUGGUUUCCUGUAAUAUUUUUCAUAAAACUUGGGUGGCUCAAUUCCAACACAGUAUAUUCCAGGCUACACACUUAGCCACAUACUGCAGGAUACUUUUCAAAUCAAGGAUAAUUCCAAUCCUUUAGGCCUAUCUUUUGGGCAUUCAAAUCAUUGGCCUCCCUUGAGCUAUAUCACGCUCAGCCAAUCUUCCUCAACUGACCUCUACACAGUCCACCCCUCUCAAUCAUCCAAAAUUAGCAUAAGUAAUUUGCAUAUGCAUAAUUAAAAUAGCAUACAAGAUAUCCAGGUAAGACACAAAGUGUAUAUGAAAAGUAUGAGCUUUAGGUCAACAUAUACAGUCUUUCCAUAUAAUGGUAAUAAUAACAUUAACAAUAAUAAUAAUAAUAAUAAUCUGCAAGAUAUACAGUCUUUCCAUAUAAUAAUAAUAAUCACUCUGUGACAGAUUGAUUAAUUGAUUAUAUGACUAAUUGAUUAAAUGAUUGAUUCAUUGAUAUAUUAUAUUGACUGACAAGAGAUUAGUCAUUGUAAAAAGACCUUUAAAUGAAGAGCUCUUUCCUGUAGCUUAUUUGGAAGAAUACAAGAUAUCUUUGUUAUCAGAUAAGAGCUGUGAGGUACACUGUCUUUGCGCAUAAAUAAUUACAAUACAAUUACUUUAAAAUACAUUAUACCUAUUUAUUCAAUUGAUGCUGUCUUUGUUUCGUAAACUACCUCUAUACCAGUGGGCUAUAUCAAAGAGUAUAAAACGGCAAGAGGCCCACUUUGGGUGUUUCAUUGAAACGCAGCACUAUCUCAAAAGUACAACCAUGCGCUAGAGAGCGACCUUUAAACGAACGUAAAAGUCGUUCAUAUCACAGUUGUGCUGCUUCUAUGCCCUAUGCUCACCACCUACCUCCUGCUCCAUACCUUUUUUUUUCACUGUGUGCAUGCACAAAUCAUGGCAGUCUGAGUUUUUGCUAUUCCAUAAUCUUGUACUGUCAACUUAAAACAAUACAGUACACGAUUUGCACAGGAUAAGAGGUUGCUCAUGACCUAUGAUAUUACAUAGACUUCUGAAAAUAUUACUGCUGAAAUAAGGUCAUCUUCACUUGUGAAAAUUAAAAACUGAAAUGUAUGUGUGCAGUACAUUUCAUUUGCAAACAGUGGAGAUAUGCACAACACCACAGUUAAAGAUAACCUUGACUUUAAAUUUUUAGUGACAAAUUUUUAAUAAAUAAAUAAAUAAAUAAACCUGCUCCCUGUUAGUGCAUACAAGUCCUUGACAAAUAUCUUUGAGUGUGGCUUGCCUCCUUGAUUUGUUUUUCUUAAAUCCACAUUUAAAUGAGACAUAAAUGUAGCAGGGAACGAUUGCUGGAUUUUUCAAAAGCAUGGGAAGUGUGUAACAUUUUUCUUGUGCAAAUGAAGUAAAGUAUUAGCAUUAUUCAUAUAUUAAAUGGAAAAUUGUUUACCUGUAUAAUAUAUUGUAACUAGUGACAAAGUACAACCAAUGGUUCUGGGUGUUGCAAAAUAUUAUUUUUAUCAAUGUCUUAUAUAUAAAUAGUGUCUGCUGACAGACUUUAGCAGGUAUUAUUUUCCAUAAGGCCUACAGUAUUUGUAAUACAAUAUGUACAUAUUACCAUACUUUUUUGGGUCAUUUUCAGAUUAUGUCUUUAAUGAUACAUCAGCCAUCAAUAUAAUGAUGUCAAUUAACAUAGAUUCCCCUAAAUGACACUAUUACAUUAAUAAUAAUUACUAGUCUUGAAACGCUUGUGAUGCCUGGAAAUUAUGCAAAUUUAAUAAUUCUUUACAUUUAUCUUUUGUGCUAUAAUCUAGUCACGCAUUACUUUCUUUGUGUUGCUGUGGGUACAUUAAAGAAUUGACUUACACUAGAA